AUGCGGCGGAAAAUCCAGUCGCUCAUCGUCGGAUAUGGCGUGCCGGCCAUCUGGUUCACCAUCAACCCGAACGACAUUACGAACCCGGUGAAGCUGCGACUGGCGGCAUACCGCACACGCGAUCCCGACGCGGCCGAGGAGUUCUUAGAAGGCCUUGGGGAUGCGUAUAAGCGGGCACGGCUGGCGAUAUCGGAUCCCAUGAGCUCGGCCGUGUUCUUCCACCGCGAGAUGAAGCUGUUCUUCGAUCAUUACGUGAAGGUCGGUGAAGACUCGAUGCUUGCCGACAUCCACGGGGAGGAUCAGGCGGCGUAUCGCGAGCGAAUCGUCCGAUACAUCGAUAGCGUCUUCUCAGAGGAUCUGGACCAGGAAAGUUUUUGCGCCGUGCAAGCGGAGCGAUCUGUGACGGGCGGUAUUGGUUCCCUGCUGGACAACGCCGCGCAGUUCUCGGCCGCGUUUAUCGAGGAGGCCAACUUCUGUGCCGGCGCGACGCAGGUGCACACGCAUAGCCCGACCUGUGUGAAGUACUCCUUGGGCAAAGGAGGGCGGAAAGGGGACCUCUGCCGGUUCAAGGCGCCAUGGAGGUUAGUCGACAAGACCGCCCUCACGGCAGACGGGGUGCUGCAGAUCCGGAGGACACACAGCAUGGUCAAUCGAUGGAACGAGGCUAUUGCUGUCGGGCUCCGGCACAACCAUGAUAUUUCCUUCAUUGCGACGCAGCGCAAGACAAUGGCCCUCAUCUAUUAUGUCACGAACUACGCGACCAAGGUGGAGGACCCGGUGUGGAAGCGUGUGGCGGCCGCGGCCGAGCUCCUGGCCGCCUCAACAGGGAACAGGACGCGACAGUUCCUGAUGAGAGUGGCGAACCGCGUGUUCACGGAGCGUCCGCUAUCACAGGUCGAGGUCGUCGCUCACCUUCUCGGAUAUCCGGCCGAGUUCACCGACAGCAGCGCGUGGGCGUACCUGAACUGUUCUCUGCUGUACUGGGAAGUCUUUCGGCGAUGGCGGCAUCUCCGAGAAGCCAGUGGCGCUGCGGCUAUGGAUGACACCUUGGAUGAGUCGGUGCUCAGGCGGCCGGGCAAGCACGCUACCGUCUGCCUCGACGGCUACCUGAGCAAGGACUUCACCUACGAUGACGAGUCGUGCUACCGGAGGGCAGCCGUGCAGCAUCUUGCGCUGUUCGUGCCGUGGGAGUCCUUCCUGGGCGAAGGAACAGGUGAGAUCAACAGCAUCUGGGCGCGGGCUCGAGACGCUAUGGCCCCGAGAAUAUCAUGUCUCGUCGACAACGUGCAGCUGCUUCGACGAUCCGCCGAAGACGCAAAACGCGACGCCAAGCAAUGGGCAGCCUCGUCCGGCGAUGGCGACCCGACGGUCGCACACGUCGAGGAGGGUGGAGCAGGCGAGGCGGGCGCGGAGUCUGCAGCGACAUAUCAGCCCAACAGCAUCGGAGACGCAACGCGGCUCAUCGACGUCGUCCGAGGUGCAGUGGGAGCGAAUCAGGUGACGGCCAAGUCGCCGGAGCUCAUGGCAAUGAUACAGCAGCUCUGUCGGUUUCAGCAAUCGGCGCUGCGCUCGACGGCCGAGCUCGAGGCCACGGCGCUGAUCGAACGAGGGGAGAGGCGGUUAAGCAUGCCAGGGCGGGGAUUUUUCGGGGCCGCACUACCGCCGCAGGAUCAGGUCAAGGCUAUCAAGUCGCAGCAGCGAUCGCCGCGCAGCGUUGCGAAGGGUGAUGACCGGUUUCGGGAGGACGAGGUCGAAAUGACGAUGGCCGACUCCGACGAGACCGCUAUCGACGCAGGGGCGGGAAUGGACGUUCAGUUUGGCCCAUCAACCUCCUUCCUCGCGGCGGGCAAGGUGUUGGCAACACGGCUGACGCUGAACAAGAGGCAGUCCAUCGCUUUUCUGAUAAUAUGCCGCCAGCUCGAUUUGAUGCAGCAGACCGACGGGGCGAUGCCUGCCAGCUGCGCCAGUUCGUCGGUGGCGAGGGCGGCGGAGCGGUUCAUCCACGGCCAGUCUCGAAUGGAUUGGCAGGAGAAGGAUGUGCUCGUCAUCGACGAGGUGAGCAUGCUCGGGGCGCGGACGCUGCACGCCGUGAACGAGCGGCUUCGCCGGCUUCGCGGAUCGCGGCAAGAUUUCGGGGGGAUCCCCAUCGUCCUCUUCUGCGGAGAUUUUCAGCAGUUCCGGCCGGUCCAAGAGAGGUCGAUCGUCCUGCCUAGCGCGGCCAUCUCGUGGGACGUAGACAACUCGUUCAAGGCCGAGCAGCGUCACCAGCACGACAAAGCGCACGCACUGUGGAAGAGGUUCACGACGGUCGUCAUGCUGGACGAGCAGAUGCGCGCCGCCGGCGACCCGGAGCUGCAGAGGCUGCUGAAGCGGAUCCGUCUAGGCGUGCAGGAUCGGACGGAUCUAAACCUCCUCAACUCAAGGUGCUACCGGGAGGGAAGGCGGAUCCCUUGGGAGACGGGCAUCACCGUGGUGACGCCGCUCAAUAGGAAUCGGUGGAACCUGAACAUGGAGGCGAGCCUGGCGUUCCGGGUCCAGCAGCGGUCGACGAUGCGCAUUUUCAUCUCCGAGCACAAGUGGAAGGAGGAGCUGCCGACGGAGGAAGAGGCGAUCAUGAUACUCAACCAGGGCGACGAUAGCGCGAUCCCGGUGCCGGCCGUCUUCAUGUUCGUGGCCGGGAUGCCCAUCGUCGUGAACCACAACACCCACCAGGGGCUGAAGCUAGUGAACGGCGCGAGCUACUCGGCGGUGGAGGUCAUUGUCGACAAGGCGUACCCGGGGCAUCGGAUCUCGGCCGAUAUGACGAUCCACUUCGGGCCGCCGGCGGGGAUCAUUCUCGAAUCGGAGACGACGAGAUAUCUCCACUUCUGCCAGCGAAAAAGGCCGUGGCAACGCAACGACGUCAGCCGAAAGGACGGCAUCAUGCUCGUGUCCAAGGUGCGGGACAGAGACUUGGUGGGCAACCGGGUCCCGAGGAGAUGA